CGAAGAGGAGGAGGAGGAGGAGGAGGAGGAGGAGGAGGAGGAAGACGAGGGCCCUUCGCCUGCCCCGCUGCCUGCCGGGGCCGGGCUCACGGGGCGUCGCGUCCCGCCCCCGACCCGCCUCCUCUGCCUCCGGCGUGGGGAGCCGGGCUGGGGCGGAGAGGGGCGGCCGAGAGGCUGGCGGCUGGGCUCGGUUUCCUGCUCAGUGGGCGUCAGUUAGGCCCCGGCGGGCCCCGCCCCCGCCGGCGCUCGCCCGCCCUCCCCCUCGCCGCCCGGCCGGCCCGCAGCUGUCACUCAAGGCGGCGGGCUGAGGCCGGCGGCGGCGGCGGGCGGAGAGAGAGGCAGCUACGCCACAGCCCAGCGGCGGCCAUUCGUGGAAAAAUAGGCCGUCCCGCUCCUCCCAGCUCCGGCUGCGACCGGCCUUCUCCCCGCUACCCCCACCCCACCCUCCGCCUCCUCCUCCUCCUUCUCCUCCCCCCUAGAGCGGCGCCUCAGCGGGGCAUUAAUGCGGGAUGAGCGAUCAAAAGAAGGAAGAAACUAUGCCCACAGAGGGAGAGAAAUCUCCCGAGGCAGAGAAUAACAACAAUAAUAAUAAAAAAGGGAAAACUGGAGGCUCACAGGAUUCUCAGCCUUCACCUCUUGCUUUGCUAGCAGCCACUUGCAGCAAAAUAGGAACUCCUGGUGAGAAUCAAGGAACUGGACAGCAGCAAAUUAUUAUAGAUCCAAAUCAAGGUUUGGUGCAGCUUCAGAAUCAGCCACAGCAGUUAGAACUGGUAACAACUCAGCUUGCUGGAAACGCUUGGCAGCUUGUUGCUGCUGCUCCUUCUGCUUCAAAAGAAAAUAACGUUGCUCAACAAGGAUCUUCUGUUGCCUCGAGUGCAGCAAGUCCCUCCAGCAGUAACAAUGGAAGUACAUCUCCUUCAAAAACCAAAUCGGGCAACUCUUCCGCAACAACGCCUGGACAAUUCCAAGUCAUUCAAGUACAAAAUCCAAGUGGUAGUGUCCAAUACCAAGUGAUCCCACAGAUCCAGACAACAGAAGGUCAACAACUUCAAAUCAAUCCAUCUAAUACUACUGGUCUACAAGACAUACAGGGUCAAAUUCAGCUUAUUCCUGCAGGGAAUAAUCAAGCUAUCCUUACAACUGCAAAUAGGACAGCUUCGGGGAAUGUUAUUGCUCAAAACCUAGCAAAUCAGACAGUUCCAGUCCAAAUCAGGCCUGGUGUUUCCAUACCACUGCAACUGCAAACUAUUCCUGGUACUCAGGCACAAGUCGUAACAACGUUACCUAUAAACAUUGGUGGGGUAACCCUGGCAUUACCUGUGAUAAACAACGUGGCAGCUGGAGGUUCGGGUCAAGUUGGCCAGUCUACUGAGAGUGGAGUUUCCAAUGGAAGUCAGCUAGCGUCUACGCCUGUCACUUCUGCCUCUGUUAGUACAAUGCCAGAGUCUCCUUCCUCGUCUUCCACCUCUACGACCACUGCCUCAACAUCUCUAACUAGCAGUGACACGCUAGUAAGCUCUGCAGAAACAGGCCAGUACGCAAGCACAGCAGGCAGCAGUUCAGAGCAGACAACUGAAGAACCUCAAACGACUGCUACGGACUCUGAGGCCCAGAGCUCCAGUCAGCUUCAGUCCAAUGGACUACAGAAUGUCCAGGAUCAGUCGGGUUCCCUUCAGCAGGUCCAAAUCGUAGGUCAGCCUAUUCUGCAGCAGAUACAGAUCCAGCAGCCUCAGCAGCAGAUUAUUCAGGCCAUUCCUCCUCAGUCCUUUCAGCUCCAGUCAGGGCAGACUAUACAGACCAUCCAGCAGCAGCCUUUGCAGAACGUCCAGCUGCAGGCAGUGAGUCCAACUCAGGUGCUCAUCAGGGCUCCAACUUUAACACCAUCAGGGCAGAUCAGCUGGCAAACUGUACAGGUUCAGAAUCUGCAGAGCCUUUCAAAUCUUCAAGUUCAAAAUGCUGGGUUACCCCAACAACUAACCAUUACCCCUGUGUCUUCAAGUGGUGGCACAACCAUUGCCCAGAUUGCGCCAGUGGCCGUUGCUGGUACCCCCAUCACUCUGAACGCCGCCCAGCUUGCUUCAGUACCUAAUCUUCAAACAGUAAGUGUUGCCAACCUGGGUGCUGCAGGUGUUCAAGUUCAAGGAGUUCCUGUUACCAUUACCAGUGUUGCGGGUCAACAGCAAGGACAGGAUGGAGUUAAAGUACAGCAAGCCACAAUAGCUCCUGUUACCGUAGCAGUAGGUGGCAUUGCUAAUGCAGCAAUUGGUGCUGUUAGUCCUGAUCAGAUAACACAAGUGCAGCUGCAACAGGCUCAGCAAGCUUCUGACCAGGAGGUGCAACCUGGCAAGAGAUUGAGAAGAGUUGCCUGCUCAUGUCCUAAUUGCAGAGAGGGAGAAGGAAGAGGCAGCAAUGAGCCAGGAAAAAAGAAACAACAUAUCUGCCAUAUUGAAGGAUGUGGAAAAGUUUAUGGCAAGACAUCUCAUCUUCGAGCACAUCUGCGCUGGCAUACUGGUGAAAGACCAUUUAUAUGCAACUGGAUUUUUUGUGGCAAGCGAUUUACAAGGAGUGAUGAAUUACAAAGACAUAGAAGAACCCACACAGGUGAAAAGAGAUUUGAGUGCCCAGAAUGUUCUAAAAGGUUUAUGCGAAGUGACCAUCUCUCAAAACAUGUCAAAACUCAUCAGAACAAGAAGGGUGGUGGAACAGCCCUCGCUAUUGUUACCUCAGGAGAACUGGACUCUUCAGUUACUGAGGUUCUUGGUUCUCCAAGAAUUGUCACUGUUGCUGCCAUUUCUCAAGAUUCAAACCCAGCAACCCCUAACGUUUCAACAAACAUGGAAGAAUUCUGAAAGGAUCAUUUAUAUGGACGCCUAGUGCUGCACUUAUCCUUUCAGGAUAUGGAAGUGGGCUGGUAAAGUGGAUUACAGAGCAGGAAAUCAUGUUUUCAGUCAUGACUUCUGUAAGUGUUCCAGGUUGGAGGGUCAGCAUGGGAAGUGUACACCGGUGCAACAAGACAAAAAUUUCAAAAAUUUCAAAAAUACAAACAACGCAAAUUGAUGUACUGGAUAAACAGAUGGGGGAAUAUUAUUUCCAUACUGUACUUUUUUAGUUAUAUGUCUGUAUAUCAUGUAAUGAUUUUAAAUGAACUUCCCCUCCCUAUUUUAGCAUUGUAUAUUAAUGUGUUUAUAAAAUCAGAUAAUAUCAAUGUAAAACAGGGUGGACCUUGACUAGGAUUAAUAUCAUUUGAUGAAGGUACUUUGUUUUUAAAAUAAAUUUGUAGUAUUUUCAUGAGAACAUCCUUUUCCCAUAAGACACAGCAAAACAGAAUACAGAUUGAACUAUAGUGGAAAUAGUUUCGGGUUUUGCUCAGUUCAUAGAACACAUCAGUUGAUUUUGGCCGUCUUUUCUCAAGUUUUGGAAUUACUCGAAUAGCAGCUGGAUGAGCAUGCUGCAAAGUGGUUCUGAGGUGGACCUCAGAUUAAUUUUGACCACUACAUUAUAGUAGUGUGUAUAAAUGACAAUCAGUGACUUCUAAUUCCUCUCUUUGUUUGGAGAGCUAAGGUUAUGUAGAAUUAGUGUAUACGGUAGGAAAGAUAAAACCAUAGAAGAUAUUAACGUAAGAUUUUACAAAAGUAAUGGUAUCUUUAUGUAGGAUGAAACAUAAAUAUGGCAACUUUUGUGUCAGUUUUUGGUAUUUCAUUACAUUUUAGAACAUCCGUGGUCCAUUUCUAACUCAUAGGUAACAUGAAUCAUAAAAACUCAAUCUUAAGUAUUUAAAUGUUUUAAUUUCUUUAGAAUUCAUGGAAAUUAAUCAGACAAUUGAGUGUUGUAGCUCAUUCUCCAGUAUCUUUUCUGUGUAAAUACUAGUUAUUAUGUUGUGGUUAAUGUGCUGAGUUCUUUAUGCUUUGACUUAAUAGCCAAAGAAAAGAAUUAAUUAUCACAUUUUAACCAAAAAAAGGUAUUGAAAGUAAACAUUUUCUCUCUUUUCCCCUAAAUAUUACUGUCUUUAUUUUCUCUUCAAGGAUAAUCUGUGGGCUGGUAAUAAAUACCUGUUACCUAUCAAGUCUUACAUUGAGCCUCCAACCACAAAUCAAAUUGGGGAAAGAGGAAUAUAGUUAUCUUUUUACUACACGACUUCUGAUUUCAAAGGUUCGGUUACAUUUGCAGAUGUGCCAGUUUCAUAAGAGUAUAGAGGAAAUGAAAAACAAUAACAACAAAAACAAACUGCAUUUCGUAUGUGAAAACUCCAGUAUGUACAAGGAGGAAAGAUGGCCAAAUAUUUCAUACUCAGGAUUUUUAAUUACUUCCCAUAGGCAUAAAUGUAACCUUUUACACAUACAGUCAUUUGGUAAUAAUUGUCGUGACCAAUUUUUAAAAAAAAUUUAUACACCAAAAUAUUUUUGAUGUAACUAAAGGAAGUACAGUGCAACAAGGAUAAGUCUGGGUUUUUUUUUUCCCUGCAAAUUCCAAAAGGAAGAAUGUGUUUGGUAGCUGUUGGUUUGAGAGACAUGACAAAUAUCUUGUGCAUUCCCUCACAAAACAUAUACUUCUCAUCUGAAUACUUUAUCAAUCUUGUGGUGUUUUCUGUAUUUUUGAAGCAAGAGAAAUACCAAUCAUUGUUUACACUGUGUACACUUUAGGCCAGCCCUUUGUAGCAAAAUACUAAGCUGAAGGUAUUUUAUACUUUCAGUUUACAUAAAAAGCUUUGAGAUUAAAGAGAAACAAUUUUACACUGUGGUUAUAAAUUUCAAGUUUCUUAAAGCUUUUGUAGACUUGUAAGAGAGUCUUUAAAUUUUAGUUGGGUUUUGUACAUUAUUUUGUAUAUUUUAUUUAAAGUACUCUUAACUGAUGUAUCUGGAUUUAAAACAUCAGAAUCAAUUAGAUGUGACAUUUAAUACAGAUGAACAUUAGGUAGUAUUAACUGUUAAUUUUAUUAUAUAGGAAAUGAAACGUCAAAUAUAUAUUUUAUCAUUAUGCUUCACAAUCAGUGCUAUAAAUUUCUUUAUGCAAA